GAGAAAAUAACACAACUCGGUGGGCUCCUUAUUCCCAUCAGCAGGUUUAGCUGUCAUUAACACCCCUCCAUAAAUCAAUUACUCUCCUCCACAAGAGCCCAGGUGUAGUGGACAGCCGCAGUUUAUUACUCGAUACAUCGUAAAUUGUACCCUGCUAAUUCUCAUACAACAAUUAGCUAAAUAGAAAAUAGCAGACCAGUUGAUUUCCAGUUUUUUUUGGAUACAAGGGACCCAGUUACUGUUACCCAGCACGGGUUAUAUCAUUCGACUUUUGUUUCUCAACAUUGAAAGCCGGGCAGAAUCAAAAACAAAAUUACCAAAUAUCUUCGAUUCAAAGAAAACACAAUUACUUUCAUAUCCCAAUACGUCUGUAAUUUCACAACAGUGGUGAAAAUAAGUUGCGAGGCAAAACAUGACUUCUUUAACCCCUGAUUUCUUCACUUCAACCACAAGUGCUCGAAAGAGAUUCCUGUUCAUCGUAACUUCCGUGCUGUUAUGGACCCUUCUUACCCUCGAUAUCUCCGAGUCUGCAUACUCCUAUAAUUCAUACACCAACACACGACACAACCGUCUCCCAGCUACUCUCUCUUUCUACCCGGCCGCAUCCAAUCAGAGCUCGACUUUCUUCCAAGAAGUGAGUGAAGAUGUGGCUGCGUUUGAGUCCAGAGAUCCACAAGUUGUGAAGUUUCUAAGCAGCUGUUGUGGUGUGGACAUGGCACCCUUGCCUGCUGACUUCAAUUCCAGUUUCAGUUUGAACCAGUGGCCUAGCAGUGCCGUUUCGACAUUGGUAUUGGACAUUCCGAACAGGUACUUCCAAAGCGACACAUCAGCCAGACUUCUAGCCAGGGCCAAUUUGUCGAUAGAAGCUAAGUCACACUUCAUCCAGUUAAUGAAUGACGCAUACGUGACUGACGUCAUCAGAGCAUUGACAGGGUCACCGAUCAACACAAUCCGGUUCCCGGUGAUCAAGUUCGCCCUGCUGCAGAAGAUCAUUAAGGGCAGAGUUUCCACUGUCAUCACAUGGUCAGACUUCAACAAACUGGCUACUUCUGGUAUUUUGCACAAGUUCUUCAGUCAGGGUCUGGACAUCAACUCAGUGACAACAGUCGUGAACAACGAGGUCAAACUCAACCUGAUCUCUCAGAUCUUGCAGCAGGGUGAACGAAUCAUCGGAGAAUACAUCCGGAAACCCGUCUGUCGCAUUCUACUGGAUCACAUUUUCAGGAUGAAGAACUACCAGCCUAUUUCGUCAUGGCAAAGCAAGGAUACCCUGUUCUCAAUCAGCCCUUACAUUGAGUGCCUGGAACCCCAAAUGUUACCAGAGAAGGAAAAGUACGGAAACUGGGUUCAGUUGUUCUCGUAUAUUGCAGUGAGUCAUGAAAUAGAUCCAGCAACGUGUCUGCAGCUCCUGCAUAAACUAGACUCCCACUCGUGGAGUCGAAUCACAAGUGAGACCAAAUUUUUAUGUCUGAGGUUCGCGCCUCCUCAAAUAGCGGUCAAUCUUUUAUGGCACUGGGAGCAAAAGUACGAAACCGAAUUGGCAUUGAAUGGAAUCAUGGUAUCCAUGCAAGACAUGGCACUACAGAACACUCUGAAGCGCGAGAAACUUGUGGAUCUGAGUCUGGUGAAGCGAAACGAGGACUUGUUUCAACUUGUCACCUCAGUCUACCUGCAUCUUUUGAACUACGAAGAAACUCAAUCACUUUACGGAAUGUAUUAUGUUGCACUAAAGUGGAACAAAAUACCAAUAACAAGUGUCCAGAAAUUGGAUCCCAGAUCACUGAAACAAACACAGGAAUACAUAAAAGAUCACCGACUGUCGCCUCAAAGCCAGUGGAGCGAAAAAGACUUGCAAACCCUGGGAGCGCUUGUUACAGGACUAUCUGCUGAUGAAAUCACUCAGAAUCAUCUCAAGUAUUUCUUCAAGCAGGGCAACGAGUUUAUCAAACACCUGUCAGUUCCAACGAAUGUCAAACUUAUAUCGCUCAUUAGGAAAGAGUUGCCGAGGAUCAGUGACGGACUGCGAUUGGCGAACAUACGGGAAUAUGAUAUGGGCAUGUUGAACUAUUUGUCGGCACACGACUUACAAAAAAUCAUUCAGAGCACAUUUGAGAGCGGUUACUAUUCAUAUAACUCUGCACAAGAUCGAAUUGAAGAACGGCUUCCAACUGAACUACUGAACAAAAAAUGGGACACAAGAAUAAGCUGUAUAAUCUACGAUAACGUAAUGCAAACAAUCGGUGACUCAUUACCGCCGGAUGAGCUGAACGAAAACAGAGUUGCGCUGACUGGUCCUAUGUCAGAGAGCAUUGGUCCAAUUUUAUUGGGAGCUAACUAUAAGGACUUUUUGGAUGUCAGGUACUCUGAGUGGCUUUCUGUCAUCAACAGUUUCCAGUUUUUCCUGGACAAAAACCAAAUAAUGUCUCGAGGUUUGGCACAAACAUUGGCAACAUACUUUCACAAAGUAUCAAAUGAUUUGUUCGGCCCAAACAAGGCAUCUGAAAGACACAUGGAACCCAGUUUCAGGAUAGAAGUCCACUUAUUAGGAGGCAGAGUUUUACGCGAAGUCGAUCCAAAAUUUUUCUUUAACGUACCUGCCUAUCUUUGCCGAGAAGCCGUAAGCAUGAUUGGUGAACUCAAAGACAACAUUAUGCUGCCACGAAAGAUGCGACAGCAAAUAGUUGCUAUCUACUUAAACCACUGUCGUAGAUCACCAGAACUGGACUUCGUUGACCUCGUAAGUUUAGGAUCUCUCAUUUGCGAUAUUCCAGCGGAGUUCCUCCGAACGAGAGCCAAUCAGACUUUGCUUCGAGAAAGAGUACACUACUUCAAACAGUGCUCCUUGAGCCGACUCCAAGGAGAAGUUAUCAAAAAUCUAUUGCCGAAACCGGUUAUGUCAUACGAAAACAUUCUGAAUCUCCAAUCAGCAAUGUGUUCGUUUAUGAAUGCAAAAGACUUGAUGCUGUUGAAUGAUACCGCGAAAACAGAUCUGGUGCCCGCUAUGCCGUUCAUUUGGAAGCAACAACCCGAAUUAUUCUCUAACAAAAUCCGAUAUAGCAAACUUCUUUGGGAUCCAGAGAUGGCUUUCUUGGAAGGUUUGGAUUUGCAAAGUCAGCAGCAGCUGGGAUCUUGCAUUCGAACAACAGCUUGGGUCUAUGCUACUGAUUUUAAACAUGAACAUAGCUAUUAUUAUCAGAAAGAUUGUGCGCCUGAUCACGUUGCAGCCACAAACACUCUUAAAAAAGACAAGGACUCCCCUAUUACAGUACUAACAUGCGCUGAGUUGAAAGAUCUUGGCGCAGGCAUUGCUGUUCUACCGCAGGAAUACUUCGAGAAACUAAACCCUUGUCAAUUGAAAAGAUGCAUUUUCUAUCUUACAACACAUCCCUAUGUACAAGAUUCGACCAAACAGAAGUUGUUGAAACUGAUUGAAUUGGCUAUCCAAAAACAGCACGCAACUAACGAUUCUCUGGCGACUUUCGCGACUUGGUCUCGCUCUCUUCUGUGGUACGACCUUCCAGUUCUGACGUCAUUCAUGUCGCCUAAAGAAUACCAUCUUUUGCCGACAGAAUCGGAUUUUCUAUACCUGGUACAGAGAACACUACCCGGAGAAACUACCACCACAUACCAGUUACUUGAGUACCUUUUCAGUCGAUAUUUGAACUUGCUCAACCGCAAACAACUUACAGUUACUGAAGUUUCCACUCUUGGAAAUAUUUUAUGCGGUUCAACUAUUAAAUCAUUCUCUGAUAGAGUUAUGUUCACAACUAAGACAACUAUAGCAAGUAUUCUUCCCGAUGAUUUCAGGUCCUCGCUACACUUGCUUGGAAACCUUUCGGCGUGCUCUUCGGCUCAAUUUGCCGAACUCGCCAAGUUUUAUGAGUCAUCAUAUACAGGAAGCGAGCCGUACAGCAGAGUCGACAUAAUUGACCUGAACUUAAUUAUGUCUACAGCCAGUGAGACAUUGCUAAACUCUUUGGAACGAGAUCAACUGAAAAUGAUAAAUUGCGAGACUAUCCGAAGAAUUCCUGAGGAUACUUUCAAACAGCUGGGUCAACUAUUCUUUCUCAGACUCUCGCCCGAACAAAUAAGGUGUUUCACACCAGCUCAGUGGAAACAUGUGAAACAGUACAAGUUACGGAUAGUGAACAACAAUCUUUGCUCUCAAUUCAAGUUCUCAGAUAGUGUAUUCACAUGUCUGGUCACUGGAAAUGAAUUCAAGGGAUCCUACAAUGAUGCGGAUGAUUCCGACCAGGAUACACUACCGGACUAUGACGUAGAGCCGUUUGGGCAAACAGACGAACAAAUCACGGAAUUUGACGUUGAAGGGGCUAUUGACUCAAGCAUUACAGUACAAAGCCAUUACCCACUAACAGAUUUGCAUUAUGUCACUGUUGGCGCACAUGGUUUGAGCGCAAAUUUUGUCAAUAUUUUCAUAAUUUAUUGCACACUUUUUUUCCUAUUGAGCUGAUAUAACCUGUUAAUAUCUGAUUGUUAUAACAUUUUAAUGUGAUGGUUUGUAGAAUUUUUAAUUAAUUUAGAAACAAAAAUUUGAUUUAAAUAGUUAAUUCACAAUUUGUAUGCACUUGAAA